AUGGCUCGCACUUUGCUUUUCUUGUGGAUCCUGGUGCCUGUCACUGGGAAGUGGUGCAACGUGGAUGGGUCAAAAUGUCGAGGACGUUGGAAUGAGCUUGAACGAUUUUUUCCACUCAACUUAGCAAAUGAUUGGUAUGGCUUCUCAUACCCAGUCGAUUGGGACGGAGACGGACGAGUGGAUGUGAUUGAUGUGAUUCAUGCUGAGACCAACUACGCCAGGGUCCCUGAUGGCCCUCAUGGUAUGAGUCCCCGCCGGACCAAACUCUACGGAUACCCUGUUGCAUCUCAGCGCUGUUCUGAAAGUACCACCGGCCAGGGGCCGGUCAAAAAGCGGCGUGCGGAGGAGGAGCGCGACAGUGAUUACCACGGCCUGGUGUUUUGCACCAACAGCGGUGUUUUGGGCCAUGGCAGCGGAAUGGACACGGCGCUGCAGGUUGCCCAACGCUUGACGACCUUGCGCUUGGAGGAUGCGAGUGCCUCCUCGGCGGAGGAGGGGAGUUUCCAGAAGCACAGACUGGUGCACGGUGACAAGGAGAUGAUCGACGCUCGCGUUCGCUCGAGCUCUGGUGGCUUCGAAGCCACCAACGGCUUCGUGCGUAUGGCCUUGCGUGAAGCCUCAGAGCAGGCGCAAGGGUCCUUCGAAAAUGACUUGUCCAAAGUGGGUGCUUUGGACUCUGAUUGCAGCGGCCACUUCGCCCAAUUUCUCCAGCUGCGCAGCGAAACGUCUGUGAACCAUCCCUGGCCACAUGCCCGUGGUGCGUUUCAGUCUGGCUUCACACCAGAAGCAGGGUCAGGCUUCCAACCGAGUUGGUCUUACAGCGAUCCGAAAGGCAAAUACCACGACGUGUUCGCUGGCGGGCCGGUGAUCGACCGAGAGGAGAAUCUUUAUCAGAUGACUGCAAAAGGUUUGUUUGCCUUCAACUCUCGAGGUGAACGGCUUUGGCACUACGCGACGCCCGGGGAAUCGACCAACGAGCCGUGCUUGAGCGGCGAGCUGCUCUUGGGCUCGACCAGAACGGGGAAUGCCUUUGCGGUUGACCGGCUCACUGGCAAAGAGCUUUGGGUGAGCUCUGUGGCUGACAGUGCAGGAAGCGAGUGCGGAUAUCCCAACGCCUACGAUGGUGUCUUUGUGAUGGGUGCAGUCCACAACUACGAGUUCGGUGCCGAUGACGGCAACCGGCGGAUCUAUGCCUUGAACGUGUCGGAUGGCAAGAAGUUGUGGGACUACGAGCCAGAUCGCCCUGUUUGGAACUUCACACCCUUGUUCCCUGGUGAUGGUACCGUCGUCUUCAUGGACUUUGCCGGCGGCGUCUACCGGCUGAAGCUCACCACCGGCGAGGAGAUCUGGAGGAAUUUGCCUGCGGACUCGAGGGAAUCCUACACCGAUGGUGGGGCCGGCUUGGGCGAAAAUAUGGUCUACACCUGCAGCAACUACCUGAAUGGCACCGGCCGCCAAAAUUCCAGCGGUAUUAUCCGGGCCUUUCACCUCCACGACGGCCGCGAAGUUUGGUCCCAGAUCACCAUGCCCUGCAACAGCUACCCUGCCAUUGGCCAUAUCUCUGGUUUUGACGGAGAAUCGGUGGUCGUGACGCCAGGCGCCUUCAUGGGCGUUUCGGAGAACAGAGGCUCUGUCAUCGCCUUUGAUGCCCUGACCGGGGAAGAACAUUGGAGACUGGAAGUCGAAGCGAUGGAUGGAUGGGGUGCUGGGGAAAUGGAGGGUCUGGAGAUCCGCAGGGCGGAAGGUGUCCAACCGUGGUGCGGCCCUGCGCAGUGGAGCGCUCCGAUGGUUUUCAGUUGCGGCAUGGUGGCCGUGGGCCGCAGCGAUGGCAAGCAAUAUGGCAUCUUGGGCCCAAAUGCCAGUUGGACUGGCCCCCGAACGCCCGGCAUGACGGUCGCUGGCAUGCCAUAUGGCCGUGUCGCUCAGGCCACCCCGAUGGGCUCAGCGUUCCUGCACGGCGCGUUGGCCGCUGCACCGAAGAUGCUGGCAGUCUCCACGUAUGCGUUGCCCAGGGCAAAGGUUCGAGGCGCCUUUUGUUUCUUGAUCAACCUUGCAUGCAAGGCUCCGGUCAGUAUGCUGCAAAGUCCCGUGCCAGUGGACCGCUUCGCGCUUGACGUUUACCCCGCCACCUCGGAGCUUUCCUUGGCCAUGUGCAAUGUCAUUUGUGCCGUUCCGUCCAACAUGGUCACCCGGAGCCCGCGGAGCCCGGGCUUUCAUGUACGUGCAGCAUCCUGGGAAGCCUUUGCAGCCAUCAGACAGACAGCUCGCGAUGAUGCCUAUUUUGCAGGAUGCGAGACCCAGCUUCUGCGUGACUACCACAAGUGGCGCCCUUCCACGCUGGCUGCCAUUUGCAUUCAUUUCUCUCGCCUGCGGCCUUCAGAGCACAAGCCUACAGAGAAGUUUCUACAGCGCAUCCUAUGGAGAGCUGAUCGAUUGAUUUAUGAUCUUGCCGGUCGAGAACUCCUUUCUUUGCUCGAGGUUUUCGCCCUCAGAGGCCUACGAGAGCAUGAUCCCAGGCGUCCGGACUUGUUCAUUGAGGCAGUUCCACGUCUUCAAAAGGAGGUUUGGGACUUCGGACUGAGCGACGUGCGGCGAAUUGCAGCACUCUACAAGCAGUUGAACCUCCGCCAUGAAGGGCUCUUCGAGGCUCUGGGACAACGACUGGAGGAGUUGUUGGAGGAGACUCGAACAAGCGUCCAAAAGCAGAAUACUCAACUUACAAGACAGAAGAGGGCUCCUGCAGGAACAGCUGCUUCAGCUGCUGUGAUGACCUUCCUUGGAGCUUGUGGUCGGCUCAACAUUGUACCACUCCAGGCGCAGAAUUUGCUGGAGGUGGUUGGGCCAACUGCUCGGGCCAAGAAGGACUUGCCACGCCUUGCAGCGCUGGCGCAGCUGGCCGCCAAGUUUGGCUGUGCCGACACAGGAGAAGCCAACCGCAUCCUGCUGUUUGUGAGUGCAGCCUUUGAAGAAGCAGUUCCAGAUCUUCCGACUCGGAAAGGUUAUGCAUCUCAAGCGGUGUAUGGCCAGCUAUUGCUGGCUCUGAUCUUUGAUGAAUCUCGAUGUGAAAUCCGAGACAGAACUUUGGUGGCUUCGGUGCAAGCCGUAUUCGCAACGUUUGGUUCUGCACUGGAUUCGCUGGAUGAACGAUUGGCACGACAACUGCAGGUGGUGGAUCUGGCAUGUCGGGUAGAGCGACCUGGCGUGCUCGAGAUUUUGGAGACCAAGGGGCUGACUCCUUUCUUGGAAGGCGUGAAGAGCUUGGAGGAAAUCCCUUCAGUACUGCCCAAGUGCUCAUCACAACAGCAUUUACAGGUCUCUGGAGUUCUUCAAGAGUUGGGCGUGAAACAUCGAAUGGAGGAGAAGCUACAACCCUACAUAGCCGAUGUUCGCUUAACGCGACGGCAGAGGCUUAUAGAGAUUGAUGGACCCUUGCAUUUUGUCGGUGGCUCCAAGCGCUACGACAUGAAGACCUCGCUGAAGCAUCGCUUGUUGACCAAGCAGGGUUGGGAUGUACACCAUAUUGCAUGGAAUGAUUGGCCUGUGCAACAUCAUAGCAGACUGAACUACGUGGCUAGGCUCCUGAGAAGUUCCGCACCAGGCACACACCUGACCGAGUAUCAGCAGCUUCCGCCUUGGUCUCCGGACUCUUCGGAGACCCAAGGGUCCGCGAGUGCUGGAGACCACCUUGCAAUUGACAGCAGAAGACCAUCACCUGAGUUGGUGGACUUGGAAGGAUGA